UUCUCUAUCAAUUAAAAAAAAAAAAUCAAGAAAAGAAUUCUCUUUCAACUAAAUGUGUUCCCGGCUAAUUGCAGUCUAUCUUGAUUUCUUUGUUCAAUAAAUAGUUCAAAAAUGCUUUUAAAAAUAAAGUAGCGGAAAUUAUUUACUGUCUUUAUCGCCAUUCAUUAUCUCUGAACAAAUAGUGUGGCUUUUGUAGAAGAGAUUAUUUAGCAAAGUUGUUGUCUUAUCGAUAUUUUCGAUUUUAAAAUUUCCUCAUCCGACUUUUUGCUUCAUAGAUUUCAAAUGUUAGUUUUGUUUAACUGCUUGAAUUGAAGCCGAAAUCAAUAACAAUCAGAGCCGGACCCAGAUAACAUUUUACAGUGAGGUGUUAGGAAUUCCGCGAGUGUUUUCACUGUUCAAACUGAAAUGAAUCUAGCAACCUCUUGAAUUGAAAAUGGUCAACGUAGACCUAGACGUUGCCUUAAAUACGAGGUGCUUGUGUGAAACAGAUUCAGAAUAAACAUGAACGUUAAACGGGCAGCAUGCCCUAAUAGAAGUGUUUCAUUCUCAAGUAGAAAGAAUUUAGCUUUCUGGCACUGACAAAGUGCGGGGAGAAUAUCCCUUCCAGUGGCUAGAAUUCUGUUGUUAGUGUAGCUGUACCGGCCUAUAUCUAAAAUUUCGAACAUGGCGACCGAGACAGGACCGGUUCAGUCGCGCUGAAGUAAUCAGAGAUUUGGACCAAUGGUGUGAAGAGUUUGGUCAUUCCUGAAAAAUUGGUGCACUCACUGACUACGAAUGACGAUUCUGGUCAACGAAUUGAAAUGUUUGCACAAUCGACAGAGGGUUUGGUCAUUCGGGGAGAAGAAUUGGUUCAAUCUUUCAAUGGUAUGAAGAGUUUGGUCAUUCCUAAAAAAUUGAUGCACUCAGUGACUACGAAAAAGGAUUCGAGUCAACGAAUUUAGAUGUUUGCACAAUCGACAGAGGGUUUGGUCAUUCCGUGAGAAGAAUUGGUUCAAUGUCAUAGUCAAUGUAUAACCGGGGAUUUGCAUCCGGCAUUGGAAAGACGAAAAUUGAAAUGAUGGGAGAAACAAAGGCAGUGGAAUUGGCUAGUGUGGUCUCCUCUCUUCGCUCGAAAACCACAGAUGGGAGUGUUAGGAAUUCCGCGAGUGUUUCCACUGUUCAAACUGAAAUGAAUCUAGCAACCUCUUGAAUUGAAAAUGGUCAACGUAGACCUAGACGUUGCCUUAAAUACGAGGUGCUUGUGUGAAACAGAUUCAGAAUAAACAUGAACGUUAAACGGGCAGCAUGCCCUAAUAGAAGUGUUUCAUUCUCAAGUAGAAAGAAUUUAGCUUUCUGGCACUGACAAAGUGCGGGGAGAAUAUCCCUUCCAGUGGCUAGAAUUCUGUUGUUAGUGUAGCUGUACCGGCCUAUAUCUAAAAUUUCGAACAGAGGUGUAGGCAAUAUUUUUGGCAAAUUAUUUUCAGGACUAUUCAUUUCCAGCCCAUAAAGUACGUGCUCCCUUACAUAAGCAAAGAUUCGAAUCUGGACCAUUUGUUCAGCUCAGAGCGGUACCCAUUAUUGAUUCAUAAAAUGUCGUUAGUUUCAUAUUGUUAUUGAGGUUAGGGUGCAUCGAAUGAAUAGUUAGUUGUGAGCGGACUGAACUUUAUAAAAUGAAGAGCCCACAUGCAUAUCAGUCUAUCAUAAGGCCGCGGUUUGCAAUCAAUUUGUGCUACCCGUCUCAUUUGACUUGGCUUACAUGCUUUACUCUUUUCUGUGGCCGGUUACCUGUCGAAAGCGUCUUCAGGUAUUUUUGGUGAAAGCUUAAAGCUUUGAGUUUAGUUCAGUAGAACUUAAAGUAUUCAAUUUGUAGGUCAUUCGUGAUUUUACAUCUCACAACCUUCUAAUAAUUUGGAAAAAAAAUUGUUUUAUUCAAGCUGUUCUUAGUGGCGUGUAGUGGAACAACUAAUGAGUGCUAGUUCAACUAGCCGGUGUUACCACCACACAAAUGUCCUGAGGCCGAAACAGUUGCCUUCGCUUCGAUAGCUCUUUCUAUCACCUCACUUCGCUUGAAAUGUAGUGGGAAAGGGAAGAGAAAGUCAAACUCUGAUAUUCUUCGCUUUUCGCUGUUGGGCUUGUUAAAAAGUCAAAAGUGAGACAUGGUAGUUUAAUUGGUCCGUUUUCAAAACCCUAAUAACGUACUUAUAAUACCGUACGCUCGCUCAAUUGAAUGUUUUAUCAUGAACACAAAAAACAUUUGUUUUACGGCUUGAGUCCAAGAAAGGUCUUAGGGUUGGCCAAGACGAAUGGAAUUUUAACAUAGAAUUCCUGUUGAAAGGUCUGAAAGUUCACAGUUCGAAAGGUUUGAAACCGCGGCCUUAUAUGAGAGACUGAUAUGCAUGGGGGCUCUCGAUCGUUUAGACAAAAUAUAUUUUUAAGAAAAGUAUUCCACAAUUUGUAACGUACAGAAAACAUCUCCACAAGAAGAACAUUUGUUAAAAAAUCGAAUUUUGCUCGUACUUGCUCUAGGUAUUUAACUCUAUGUGAAAAACAAAUUUGGAAAGACGAAUGUAAUGUGUGUGUGUGUGAAUAGAUCCGCUUGAAAUUAAUCGAUAUUCUAUCAUCCACUCUGAUUCAUGAUGAAACGACAACGUUAACCUAAAUUGAUUUCUGUAGACACAUUUGAAUUUAAUUCGAUACGCGCCGAUAUAUUGUAAAAUGUUGUCCGUGUACAUGCCAAUCAGACAAUGUGUACAAAAAAUAACAGAAAUUCCUCUAAUAACUUUACAUUCAACGAUGAGAUUGAUUGAAAGCUAAAUUUAGUUUGUCGAAAGCUUUAAUACAAAAUUAACAAUCGAUUACAUUUGAUUGCUCUGCCAAUACGAUAAUUCAAUCCAAACCAGUCAGAGGUCAGUGUAAUAAAUUCAUAAAAUCGAACGAUCGGAAAAUACACUUUUUCGGACCAUAUGUACUUCAUCGAGAAAACAAUUUGUUGCUACGGCAAUUAGAUAGAUAACUAGCCACUUCAACUAAUAUGAUCAAGGCAAGUCAUAAUACUUUUCCAUUUGAUUUGGAAAUACGGACACCUGAAUUUCACCACUGUCCAUGGCGUAGAAAUGAAGUACGAGACCAAUUUUCGUGGGAAUCUUAAAUGACUUCAUCGAGACGCGCAUGCGAAUCAUUCCUUUGCUAUUUUCAUAACGAAUUAAAACUUGAAAAAAUAAAUUAUCACUUUUACCAUAUUCCAACUUUCAAAUUCGAUAUUUUAAUUUCACUGACUUCUUCCACUUUCCCACCCCACAUAUUGAAUUCUUUUUUAACCUGUCUUCGGCGGAGUCAUUGGUUCACUUUAGCGUUUGCUGGCCCCAUAUCAAAAGUAAAUUUUUUGACCCGCCCCUUAAGGUAGCUGCCGAAUCCUACUUCUACUCACAAAAAUGAUCUCCAAAACAGAAUAAUAGACGCGGCAAUAAUUCGGAAUUUCGCUGCCAAUUUCACUACUACACCGAGAUUUUUAAGAUCGGGAAUAUUAGCAAUGGAGACGGUCUUAAGAACUAAAAGCGGUGAUGACGAAAGUGACGCCCGAAAGAUGCUCAUGCUACAUGCGUCAAAAGCCGAUGCCAACCCGAAUAUAGUGUCGAAUCUGUUUGUACACUGCUCCAAGAUGACAAUUAGACGGGAGAUACAUACCCAGUUAGAGGAUUGGAAGGUUGCAGCUAUCGAAGUUAUACAAAACAAACAUGUAAAUGAAGUGAUACUCAGAUGCAUUGAGGAGUAUGGCGUAAACGUAGAGCAGUCGACUAGUGGUGUGGUUAAAAUUGUUUAUGUUAACAAUUCUUGCCAAAAUUUGAGAGGCUUUUCUGGUAUUAAUGAAGUGUACAUAAAUGCCGUCCAUUUUCUACUGUCACUUCAUGUGUACGAUGCGAUAAUAGCUGACAAACACGAUUUAGAACUACGGCUGCAGGUUGACAUCAUCAACGUGGCUAUCCACGAGUUGGCUCAUUUGCAACUACGCAAAGCGAUGAAUGAUUUCAACACCAGUUACCCUAUAUUAGCGAAGAGUAAUGCACUUCCCGACAACUAUUUAGAGUUCGGAAGGUACGUUGAGGAGCAGAUUUUUGGGGCUCCAGUAGAUUGGAUGGAGAGCGAUGUUGAUGUCCAUUAUUUAGAAAGCAUUGUGUCGUCAGUCAAAAGCGAUAGCCCGAUACCAAAGUUAACGAAUGUGGACGAAAUUAUUGUGCGUGAAUAUCCACUUUUAAUGGCACUAGAUUAUAAGAAUUCACAAUCCUAUUGCUAGACCGAUCCGGUUUGAGAUGCAUAUGCCGAUUUGCAAGCUAGUUUAUAUAAAAAGAAGAGUAGUGAGUAGUGAAGUUGUCGACAUUUCACUCAUUUUUUGAUGUCGUCACACCCCAAUUUAUUUUUGCAUGUACUUAAUGGUUACGAUGGAAUUAAACGAAAAAC